AUUUUGCUCCAUUGAUGAGUUCAGCUACUGGUGCAGAGCUUGGAGCUUCCUUUCUUCGAUUUUAUGUGAACGUUCCUCAAAGAUUUCUUCGCUCUUUUUUAAGUAUGUUUAUUUUGUUUCUGCUUGAUCGACUGCGUUUGGUCGGUAUGGUUCGUGGUGACUUUGUGUGAUUUGUUCUGGUUUUUAGGUAUUGUUAUGCUUUGAGUGUCCGUUUCAUGCUUGCAUUGUGUGCUUUGUGAAGUUUUUUAUUUUUAGGUAAGUUUCUCUGUGACUUUGAGCAACAGUUUAGUGUUAAAAAAUUGGCGGCGGAGGUAAUUCGUCUUUGUUAGUACUCUCUGAGGCACAUUGUUCACGCUGUGCACGAUAGGUUUAUGCGCUUCAGAAUCUAAGAGUUAUUUUCAUGAUUUUUGAUAUUACUGGAGUAAUAUUUGGUUUAUCAGCUAUUCGUGAUAUGUAGGGUUUUGUGUUUGUUUUCUAGAUAGUUUUUCUUCUGUAUUUACCUUCAGAAGCAUUGAGUGAUCGACAUCUAUAUAUAUAUAUACAUAAUAUACAUUGAACUUGCUAAAUGAGGUUUUGUGUGUUUCAAGCUGAUAUGAACCAUGGAUUUAACUCUUUGGGAACCCUGGGAUGAUCAAGUUCACGUGUGUCCCUUCGACAACCAGAGCAGCUACUGCAACGCCAUUGAGCCUUUCUCUGACCUUUACUUGUGGCAUGAUGUGAUAGAAGAAGAUGCCUUGAACACAAAAUAUUGUAUACAAGUGCUAAGGAUACUGAUGGACAAAGCAGAUGAUGAAAUUGUAAAACUUGAAGAAGAUAUAGUGAUGCUUCAGUGUCAACUGGCUUGGGAUGAUGAACAUUGGUCCAAACCAUGCUCUGCAGCAGUAAGAGAUAAGAUUGAUUAUCUUGAAAAUUUGACACGGCCCCUAGAGACGGACAAUAAAGAAGAGGUGAAUUGUUCAGUUGUUGAAUCGGAACAACUCAAACUGCCUCCAAGAUUACAUGAUCUAGUGAAGCCUUUACUGGAUAACUAUUCCUCAGCAAAAAUUAAGCAGAUAUCAGGUUCAUGUGGUUUGGAGUUCGGCAAGAAGAGUUUAGGAGCAACAAGGUCACAGCAAGAUAAGAAAUUAGAUGAAAAGGAAUGCUCCAAUCUGAAGAAAAGCAAUAAGAGAAACAGUCUGGUGAUGGACCUUGAAGAUAAGAUUAUAAAUGAUUCCCAUAAGACUGCGAAGGAUCCGAAUAAACUACAGAGAAAGCGAAUGCCAGUUUCGGCUCCUGCAAAGUCAGGGUGGAGAAGCUUCAACAAAACAGAGCUAUUCUAUCAGAUGAUAAAAGAUUCGACCACCGGUACCAGAGCUGAUAAGGAGGUUUUCCGCGUUGAAACUAUCACUCAAUCCAGGGCUCGAUAUGAAAAGAAUGCGGCGAAUUCGCCUCUGAAGUUGCAAGAAACAGAACUAAGAAUUGCACAAACAAUGAAGUGUCUGAAACAAAUUGCUGAAGCUUCAAAUCAGACACGACAGGCGACAACAGAUAGAUGUGUGAUGGUGAAAGGGAAAAGAACAAAAUUCUCCGGAAAAUCUGAGGCAUUGGAGACUCAAUUAACUGAAAGGAAGGAUACCAAUUCAUCCCCAUUUUCGGGUUUAUUCAAUGGAAUAACAAAACAUCCCGACAUGCUGAAGAUAAACACAGCGCCAAAAAUUGAACUGCCACAAAUACCCGAAAUCAAGAACCUUGUCUUCAACAUGGCCAAGCCGACAUCUUCCUGGAAGCCCGAGAAGAAGCGCCCAUCAUCAUCAUCAUCGACCCAAACUUUAAAGGAACAGACAAGUCUUGGGGCUCUAGAAACUUCUGGAAAGAGCAGCAAGAAACAUGCACAGCAAGAUUCGAGUCUAGCUCCUGUUAUAGAUAUUUCAUCAGACGACUCCCUCACUUCGCGGAAGAAAAGGAAAUUAACACAGAAUAUCAGAGAUAGGACGAGCAUCCGGAAGUUCCUGAUGAAGCUGGAAAAGCCAGAUGAUGAGAUCCCGGGCGAGGAAGCAAAUUUAGCAAUAAUUGCCAAGGACUCGGCUGCGAAUCCUCCACUGAUGAUCGAGGAUGGAAGCAGAUUAUUGCUCAAGGAUCUCAGGGCAAUUGGCAAGGCUCGGAAGAUACCGGGCUACUAUAAACUUCGGAAGGCUGAGCUUCAGAAACGACUGGGACUGGAAGUAACAAGCAGAUGAUGAGUAGAAAGAAGAGAGCUUUAGGACAGGAGUUUAAGGUUAGUUUUGGAUUACUACAAGAUAUAGAUUUAUGGAAAGGUAAUGAAUGUGAUCUUGGUUAGGUUUUGGUGUUACAAAGAAUGAUCGAUACAUAUGAAUAUGAUAUAGUAGCAUAUUUUGGUACUUCAGAAAUGCUUACAUUGAUAUUCAUGUUUCA